AUGAAAUUAGCCAAUGAAUUGCAAUCGGAUGUUUCACGUCAAGAUCCUAUCAGAAUAUUCGAUCCUCUGAAUCCUUCGAAUGAAAUGAACACUAACGCGAAAGGUCAUGCUAACAAAGAUACGGCAGCUAAUGAAAAUAUUGAUGUUUCGGCCAAAUCAGAAGUUUCUGUCGAAAAGAAAACACGUGGUCGUAAAAAAGUGAAUAUAGUUGAUAAAAAUGUAGUUGCAGACACUAAUAUUGAAACUAAUUCAGAGGAGAAAGGAGGUAAUAAGUCACAAGAAUUAGCUGCUAAUAAUAAUGCGGAGGCCGCAACAUUAGAGAUGUCACAACAGGGCCAUGAGGGAACUGAAGGACCUGAUAACGAUAAGGAUGUCAAAUUACCCGAAAAACGGGCCCGUGGACGUCCUAAAAAGGAAGCUAGCAAUGGCACAACGGAGGAAUCGUCGAAAGUUCGAGGAAGACCAAAAAAAGACACAAUAGUUACUACUACCGUUAGUAACGAUACUAAUUCAUCAGAGAAACGUCGUGGUCGUCCAAAAAGGGAAGAAAUUAAUGUCACUUCUAACGAUACGACAAAUUCAAUUGUAAAACGCGGCCGUGGUCGCCCCAAACAAAGCGAAUCUAAUAGCGUCGCAAAUGGUUUACAAAAGCGAACUCGCGGGCGCCCAAAAAAAGAGCGUGGUAGUCCAAUUUCUACCGAAAAGCGAAGACCUGGUAGAUCGAAAUCUACCAAUAAAGAUGUCUUUGAUGGACCGACAAGAACAGACGAUGACGAUAAAAUCACUACUUCUGGUUUAAGUGAAAAACGUGGACGAGGUCGCCCAAGAAAAAAUCCACUCUUAUCACAAGUUGGUAAAUCAAAGACUGCACUGAAACGUACCAUUUCAGAUAAAAGUUCCAAUGGCACACCGAAGUCACGCGGUCGUCCUCGAAAGAUCACGACCGACAAAGAAGUCGGUGUCAGCCAUCCUGAAUCUGAAAGCAAAAUACCUAGCAUCGAUACUGCUGUUCCCGCUAAGAAGCGCGGACGUCCAAAAAGGGAUGAUCAAACAGAGCAAGAAUUGACUAAAAAGAUCAAAGCAUAA